AUGACGUCACGCAAAACGAUAUCUUUGGGAAUACUUUUGCUGUUGCUGGUGAAUCUGGCGGCCAUAGAAGCGCAAGAGGGUGAAGAAACAACAGCGGGAGAAGCAGCUGCAACAGAGGCACCAGAGGGAGAUGCUGCAAAGACAGAGGCAACAGCGGGAGAAGGAGCUCCAGGGGAGACUACAGCAGGAGAAGGAGCUCCAGGGGAGACUCCAGCAGGAGAAGGAGCUCCAGGGGAGACAACCGCAGCAGAUGGCGCACCUGGAGAGACUACAACAGGAGCUGCAAGUGAGACUGCAGUAGGAGAUGGUGCUCCAGGUUACCGCAGGGGCAGACACAGCCGCUGCAGAUGGAGCGACGACAGAGAAGCCUGCAGCUGGUGGCGCUGCGGACGAGUCGACUGCAGCCAAUGGAGAACUUCGAAGGAGAAGCCUGCAGAAGAAGGAAGUCCCACGGAGAAGCCUGCUGAGGGAGCCAAGCCCACGGGAGACUCCGGAGAAGUCGAGAAUGUCCCAGCACUUGGCGCCGAGCAGGGCGAUGCAGGCAAUCAGACAACCACAGACGGUUCAAAGGCAGCUCCUGACAGUUCCAAAGGCGCCGCAGAAGAUGAAAAAGACUCUAAGGAAGAGAAGGCAGAGAAGGGAGAAGAAGACACCACGGCCAAGGAUCCUUUCUAUUAUGGGAAUGGUUCGCCGACGACCUUGGACGUUGCGCAGACUCCAGGCACGAAUCCCACUUUGCCACCCGAGACCACCACCACCACUGGCAUCAUGGAUCUGAUGACCUACAUGCCAGAGGACAAUGCCGGCGAUCCGUUUGUGAGUCCAGGAGCCGCCCACAGGCCCGGCUCACGCCACGUGAAGGCGCACGAUGGCUUCCACAGUCUGACGACGGAGCAGUAUUGGGCGCACUGGAACGAUCGUUUCACCACCAAGAAAUCAAGGAACGGCCAUCACUGGAGAGACUUGAUGCAGUGAAUGGGAAUGGGCUUAAAU